UGCGCACAGUCGGUGCCUUGGUGACCCCGCUGCGAUAAUGGAUGGUCAGAAGUUCUGCCUCAAGUGGGAUGGGUUCCAGAGCAGUGUCACCUCUCUGUUUGACCACCUCCGACAAGAUGAGGAGCUGGUGGACAUCACUCUGUGCUGUGAAGGCCAGAAAGUCAGGGCACACAGAAUGAUGCUGUCUGCAUGCAGUCCAUACUUCAGGGAUCUCCUAAAAAACAACCCGUGUCAGCAGAUGGUGUUCUUCCUGAAGGACACGUCGGCCGCCGACCUACGUGCCAUCAUCGAGUUUAUGUACAAGGGCAGUGUGAACGUGGCCCAGAGCCAGCUGGCCAGCUUCAUCAAGACGGCGGAGAUGCUGCAGAUUCGCGGUCUCAGCGGCGAUGACGACAAGCCGCCGCCGCCGUCUCCCGUGUCGGCCCAGAGGCUGGGCGCGCCGCCCGCG